AUGAUGACCACAACAACAAAUCAUUCCAUCAUGCCACCAGCCAUGCGUCCAGUUCAAGAGAGUCCCGUUUCGCGACCACGCGCCGUCUACAGCAUCGAUCAGAUCUUGGGUACUCAGCAUCAGUCCAAGCGAAGCGAUACGCCCAAUGAGCUGCAUAUUACGCAUACGCAGCAUAUGCAUCAUUUACAUCAUAACAGCCAUAACUUGCAGCAGCAGCAGCAACAACAACAGCAGCAGCAACAGCAGCAAUUGCUAGCCAAGCGCGAAGAUUCACCUACGAAUACAGAAAGUGGCCUGGAUGUGGAUAACGAUGAUGAGCUCAGCUCCAGCCUGAAUAAUGGCCAUGAUAUGGGCGAUAUGGAGCGACCGCGUAAAGUGCGCAGAUCGCGCACAACAUUUACAACAUUUCAAUUGCAUCAAUUGGAGCGCGCCUUUGAGAAAACGCAAUAUCCGGAUGUGUUCACAAGGGAGGAUCUGGCAAUGCGACUGGAUCUAAGCGAAGCACGCGUGCAGGUUUGGUUCCAGAAUCGACGCGCUAAAUGGCGCAAACGUGAGAAGUUUAUGAAUCAGGACAAGUCUGGCUAUAUGCUGCCCGAUCAAGGUCUGCCUGAGUUUCCGCUGGGCAUACCGCUGCCGCCGCACGCACUUUCCGGCCAUCCGGCUGCGCUGCCCGCCGAAUUUUGGCCGCCACACUUUGCCUUGCAUCAGCACUUCAAUCCGAGCCUGCUGCCGCAGCAGUUGAUGCCACCCCACUACAAGCUGCCCAACUUCCAUACGCUGCUGUCCCAGUACAUGGGUCUGAGCAAUUUGAAUGGCAUCUUCGGCGCCGGCGCCGCUGCAGCUGCAGCUGCUGCUGCCAACGGUUGCAAUUCGGCUGCUGCUGUUGCCGCCGCCGCUGCUGCCGGCUAUCCGCAGAACCUGUCGCUGCAUCCUUCGUCGGCGCAGGUCAGCCCGCCUUGCAGCAACAGCAGUCCACGCGAAAGUCCCAACAACUUGGCGCCACAUCCACUGCACUCGCUGCCGCAUGCGGCUACAACGCUGAUCUCUGGUGAUCUGACGCUCACAUCGACAGCCGCGCACUCGCCCCGCAGCGCCACUGGCGGCAGCAGCAAUGCCUCCACACCCGUCUCGGUGGUCACCAAGGGCGAAGACUGAAGAGCCCACCAGUCUGGCUUGGCCAAGCGCUGGCUCUGUGUAUAUUAUUAGCGUUAGUGUCUAGUUAUGGCCAAAUGUACUUAAGUCUUGAAUAUAUAAUUCAUAGCCUAGCAAGUAAUUAACAUUUAAUUCGCUACAGCAAAGUGUCAUCUAAACUA